GGAUUAGCAGAUACAGCUAAAAAGAACUUUGGUGGCGGAAACACUGCUUGGGAAGAGAAGACUCUGUCAAAGUAUGAGUCCAGUGAAAUUCGUCUUGUAGAGAUCAUAGAGAAUCUGUGCGACAGUAGUAACUUUGAAUGUAACAACAUGGUAGAAGAGCAUGAAGAACAUAUAGAGAAAUGGUGGUUCAAACUAAAGAAGAAGUAUCCUGAUUUGUUUAAGUGGUUUUGCAUAGAAACAAUAGAAGUUUGCUGCCCUGCUGGAACUUAUGGACCAGAUUGCCUUGCUUGUCGUGGUGGAUCGGAAAGACCUUGCCAUGGAAAUGGCCACUGUGAUGGUGAUGGUACCCGAGGUGGAGAUGGCACAUGUAGCUGUAACAAGGAGUAUACAGGAGAUUUUUGUUUGGACUGUUCUAAUGGUUACUUCAGUACCUUGAGAAAUGAGACGCAUUCUGUUUGUACAGCCUGCCAUGCUGCCUGUAAAACUUGUACUGGUUCAAGUAACAAGGACUGCCAAGACUGUAAAGAAGGCUGGAUUAAAAAUGAAGAAGCAGCUUGUGUGGAUUUAGAUGAGUGUGCUGCUUCUCCUUGCAAAGAUCACCAGUAUUGUUUGAACGCAGAUGGAUCUUUCUCAUGCAAAGCAUGUGAUGCCAGCUGCAUAGGUUGCACAGGGGAAGGUUCUGACAAGUGUAAGACCUGUGCAUCUGGAUACAUGAAGGAAGAUGAAAAGUGUACAGAUAUAGAUGAAUGUAAACUUCCUGAAAAGGUCUGCGUAAAAGAGAAUCAAGACUGUGUUAAUACGUCAGGUAGUUACAAGUGUGUAUGUUCAGAAGGCUUUGAGGAUAAGGAUGGAACAUGUGUUCAAACUGUAAAAACAGGAGAGGAAGUAGAGAGUGAAACAACUGAGCCUUCACGUACUGGACAUGAUGACUUAUGAUCUGCAUUUAGAACCAAAAGACAUUCCUAUCUAAAGUUUUAAAUUAUUGGACUAAGCCUCUGCUAGCUGACAUACUGUGGAAAUGGUAUUAAAUGUGCAGGUUGCCAUUAAGAUUUUUUUUUUUAAUGGUGAUAAACUGCUCUUUAAGCUGCAUUUCUUUAUUCUUAAAUGCCACUUUUUAUAGAAUUCUUCAAGAACAACACUCUAGAUGGGUUAGUAUAAAAUUUGAAUUAACAUAACAUUGUGCCCAGCAAUUGUAAACAAUUUGCAGGUUUCUCAUUCUAGUGCCUGCUGAAAACUAUCAUUUGGAAGGACUUAGUUGCACUUCAUAAUUUAAGAAAAAUUUAGACUGAAGUUUGGUGUUUCUUGACAUGAGAAAUAUUUCUGUAACUGAAAUACAGCUUUUAGAAAUUGUCAAAGGGAAUCUCUUUGGGGGGGAAGCACUGUUCCCUUAAACAAAAUAGAAUGCCUAAUACUGCAUUCAAUAAAAGUUUAUUUUGUUG